UUGGUUUUCCAUUCUAAGCAAACAAAAAGAAAACUUUGUGCUCCAAGAGAAUAUAUAUAAUGGGUAGCCUCUCAUUUGAAAAGGACUUUGAGGUAUCGGCCAUAACACCGCCAAGUUUGUUUCCGAAUGGCGACAACAAGAGACAGAAGUUGGAGCCACCUGGGCCAAGGAAGAAUCUGCAACUUGCUGUGACGGAGCCAGGCUUCGGAAGUGACGGCCCUUCCUUGGACUCUAUCUUGGUCAAUUAUUUAGACACACUUACUCAGCGAGUCAAUUUUCAUAUAGGUUAUCCGGUGAACAUUUGUUACCAUCAUUAUGCCACUUUAGCACCACUUUUGCAAUUCCACCUUAAUAACUGUGGUGACCCUUUCAUUGACAACACUGUGGAUUUCCAUUCAAAAGACUUUGAAAUGGCAGUUUUGGAUUGGUUUGCUAAUCUAUGGGAAAUUGAGAAAGAUCAAUAUUGGGGCUAUGUUACCAAUGGUGGCACUGAAGGCAAUCUCCAUGGCAUUUUAUUAGGGAGAGAGCUACUUCCUGAUGGAAUAUUAUACGCGUCAAAAGACUCUCACUAUUCGGUAUUCAAAGCUGCAAGAAUGUACAGAAUGGAUUCGGAAACGAUCAACACAUCAGUAAAUGGGGAGAUGGAUUAUUCAGAUCUAAGAACAAAGUUGCUUCAAAAUAAGGACAAACCAGCAAUUAUAAAUGUUACGAUUGGAACUACCUUCAAAGGAGCUGUUGAUGACCUAGAUAUUAUUCUUCAAACACUCAAAGAUUGUGGCUAUUCACAAGAUAUGUUUUACAUCCAUUGUGAUGCAGCAUUAUGUGGGCUUAUUGUCCCAUUUAUAAACAAUAUGAUAAGCUUCAAAAAGUCAAUUGGAAGCGUGACGAUUUCUGGUCACAAGUUCUUGGGAUGUCCAAUGCCUUGUGGUGUCCAAAUAACAAGAAAGAGCUAUAUCAAUAACCUCUCAAGAAAUGUGGAGUACAUCGCAUCUGUAGAUGCCACAAUUUCUGGAAGUCGUAACGGUUUAACUCCAAUUUUCCUGUGGUAUAGUUUGAGCGCUAAAGGUCAAAUUGGCCUACAAAAAGAUGUUAAAAGAUGCCUCGACAAUGCCAUAUAUUUGAAAGAUCGUCUUCAGCAAGCAGGGAUAAGUGUCAUGCUAAAUGAACUUAGCAUCAUAGUUGUACUUGAGAGGCCUCGUGACCAUGAAUUUGUCCGUCGUUGGCAACUUUCAUGCAUGAAAGAUAUGGCACAUGUUAUUGUAAUGCCAGAUAUCACCAGGGAAACACUGGACAAUUUCGUCAAUGAUCUAGUGCAACAAAGAAAAUUGUGGUACCAACAUGGAAGAGUUACAACCCCCUGUAUUGCAGAUGAUAUUGGUGCUCAAAAUUGCUCAUGCUCUUAUCAUAAAAUUGACUACAUUAUUUCUUAAAAGACAAGAUCAACUUGAACGUGGAUUGCAAUUAUAGAGCUCUAAAUUUGUUGCCAUCGCAAGUAUGUCUUCCAUAGACAUGGCAUUUUGUAAUUCUUUAUUUCCAAAUUCAAAUUGAAUUGUAGAGUACUAUCGCACAACAUGAUCGAAACAUUCUUUAAUAAAAUUUGGGUACAUUCUUUUA